AUGGCUCCAGUUCAGUGGGAUGGCUUGGAAAGUUUGAGAGGGAAGUUUUGGUUGUGGUGGACUGAGUUGGUGGAGGCAACUAUUAGGGAGAAAGGGGAGGAGCAUAUUACGUUUACAGUCAACCUGCUAUGGCACAUUUGGAAGGAUAGAAACGAGAUAAAUUUCAAUGGGAAAGGUAGGGAUCCAGGAGUGGUGGUACACAAAGCAUUAACAGAAUGGCUGGAAUACCAGGAGGUCCAGUAUGAGGGAAAGGAGGAAGGGAGGGAAUCAAGGCUAGAAGCAGGGAAGAAAGGAAGUUGGGCAGCUCCUAACAAAGGGUGGAUCAAGCUGAACACUGAUGCGGCUUUGAACCAGCAGUCCAACAAAGCUGGCUGGGGUAUUGUGGCUAGAGAUUGGAAGGGGAAGCUGGUUGCUACGUGGGCUUGUCCUUCUUUUACAUGCUCAGUCCCAGUACUUGAGGAGGCUUUGGCAAUCAGAACUGCAAUGGUUAAAGCUGCUUUGGAAGGCUGGGAAAGGAUCAUCAUUGAAUCCGACUGUAAGGUUGUAAUAGACAGAAUUCAGGGAGAUUCGGAUGAUGUGCUUAUCUCCACAGUCUUGCAGGAUAUUAAGUUGUUAAAACAAAACUUUAAGGAAUGUUGUUUCUCCUUUGUUCAUAGGGAGUUCAACUCUGUUAGUCAUACGUUUGCUAGAUAUGCUCUAAAUCUAGGAUCUAUUGUUGAUUGGAAAGCUUGUUUUCCAGUUUGGUUGCUUGAUAUUGCUCAAGCAGACGUUGAGGAGCAGUUGCUCCAGGAUGUGUAA